CCUGACGCAGCCCUUUGAGGGUGCUUGUAGGCGUACCAGUCGAAUGGCAUGCCCCCCGUCCCUAGAUUUCGGCGAUCGCGUUGUGAGAAAGAGGCUGGGCUUUCCCGCAUUCUCCAGACAUGGACUUUCCCUUUUUGCCUUCUCAAACAUAGUGACCUCUCGUCUCUUUGCACUGGUUUCUUUGCAUUGAAACAAUAGAGACGGCUUCCUCAAGGGUGACUGCACUUAUUCGAUCGUUGCCUAGUGACAGGUCUUUGUACAAAGUUCAGCCCUGCUCUGGGAGGCGACCUCACUGCCGGCCUCCUGCCCCGCCCCGCCUGCGCCCUCUGCGCAACCUCAUGUUCUAUUCCCAUUUCCUCUCUUUUCCGUUAUGGCUGCCAUGAUGCCCUCACCGCCGAUGGAGGACCUCUACGGGGAAAGAUUGCAUGGAGAUGCGCAUUCGUUGUUGGAGGCAUCAAUCGAAGAUUUUGAGGAACAAGAGCGGCGCUCACCCCUUCUAUCCGGCUUCAGGUCAGAAGAAGGAGACAGUGAAAUUGACGAUCAGUCCAGCGCAGGUUUACCCUGGUCACCUCCAGGCUUUAAGAGUCGAAAUUCGAAUGCAAGUGGCUGGUUCAGGCAGGAUCCAUAUGGAAAAUACGAUUUGCGCCCUUCGAUAAGUCCCUCACGGUCACGGCAAACCAGUCCAGAGAUUUAUCAAGAUGCGACCGAAGGAGAUCCAGAUAUCACAAUAGCCGUGAAUACACCCCUGCCGGCAGGUACAGACUCACCAGUAAGGGGGCGGUCUCCGGAAGCAGAGCCGCAAUAUGAAGCAAAGAUGGGAAAGUUUGACCAAGCGGAUGCCUUGCCUCCUGAGAGUCCAAACAAUUACAUUCGCUUACAACUCCGAGCAGAAGUGCAACAUCGAGAACCGUUCGUUCCAUUUCUCAACUUCGUACAAGGAAAGUUUGACGCCAUGACCAAGACGAGGUCAAGCACUUUCAUAUCGAUUAUAACCACCAUCUUGGUUGCUUCGCUUCUACGUAUCAUCCUUGUUCCUCCGAUUCCGCCUCCUGUCCCCGACUUGGUAAAGGUCUCAACUCUAGCGAAGUCAUUCGAGCCCUUAAUUUUCUAUUCAGAGAAUGGCUAUACACAGAUUACGGCACUACAGGAAACGAGUGUGGCGGUGUGGGAUUUGGGCGAAUCGGUCAGAAGCGCCAACAUGACUUCAGCACCGUUGAUUGUGCGUUCCCUAGACGAGCUAUCCGAGAGCUUGAAAACUCUCGGUCUAGAGUUGACUCGGUUCUUCGCUGAUGUGGAUUCGGACGUCGACAGCAUCUUGCUGGUGAUGGACUGGGCGAAACGCGAACUGGAAGGCGUCACAUCAGCUCAGGGAAUGUCGUUCUCUGGAGUGAUAUUUGAUCAUCUGCAUGGUAUAUUCAACCGAGGAGGGUUGCUUGAGACAUCCAGAGGCCCCACAGCUUUGGGCAAGUUCUUGACCGACAUAUUUGGUGCAAGCUCGCCGCAGAGGGCGAGGGCGACCCUGACGAGGACAUUCCACGAGUUUGUGAAUGUGCUUGAGGAGUCGAUCAACAGCGAAUUGACGCACUCCGCAGCGCUUUUUGCGUUGUUUGAAUCGAUCGAUCGACAAUUCCUGAACCUGCAACGAACGGUGGUCCGAGAAACCGAUACGCAGGAAAGGCUUGAGAAUGAUCUUCUUUCAUCCUUGUGGACCAGGGUGAUAGGUCCAAACGCAGCAAUGUUGAGAAAGUUUGAGAAGAACAAACAGCUGUUGUCGAGCGUCCGAGCGAGGACGGUCAACAAUAAGCAUCUACUCAUGGAGCAUCAUGGAAGACUGCAGACUCUCAAAGUGAAUCUGGAAACUUUGCGGAGGAAAUUGGUCAGCCCCUUGGUGAGGAGGAAUGAUUCUGUUACCGUUGAUAAUGCCAGCGUCAUCGACCAGCAGGUCAGAGGGCUCGAGGGGACAUACGAUUAUCUAAAGGGGGUCAGAGAAAAGCAAAAGAGCAAACUGAUGGAAAUGGUCUAUGGGGCGAAAGCAAGCCGGACGAGGCUGGUGGGUGUCAGUGGUGAUAUGGAAGGCAUAGGGCUCGACGGUUGACUUCUUGGAUACGUGAAUGAAUGAAUAAAUAUUAGCAGAGGGCUUGGGUUAGACGAGGCAUCCAUGGUUAUGAGGUUCUAAACUUAUGUGAUAGGAAAUGCAUUUCGCCUUGUAAAACAUAACAUCGAUCUACGCGCGCAUCGUCUGCGUCCCAUCU